AUGGAUAUCGGCACGCCCACCACAUUCCUCGACUCUCACCCCACCGAACAAAACACCUCCUACAUCGUCUCCGGCCUCUCCUUCUUGCGCGGCCAGCUCUACACGGCAUGGACCGGCAUCGUACCCAAGCCGCUUCUGGCCGGCUCGCUGCGCAUAAUCUGGUAUACGGAUAAGGGAAAGGAAGGUAUGAAGGACUACGAACUGCACCAAGCCACGCUGGUGCGGGAGAACUACGAGAUGCUGUGCUCGCAUCCGGAUGUGCGGCGCGUGCUCGUGAUGGGGUAUUCGGGGCAGAAUCCGUGGGUGCUUAAUAGCAAGGGCCUUGAUAAACAGUUGAACAAGAUGAAGAAUGAGGCGAGGAGGGCGAGGGUGGCGCAGGAGAAGACGGAGAGGAAGGGGGGUGUGCUUUCUAAGGGACAACCUGCCGUGGUGAAGAAUGGGGAGAACUCGAGUGGUGCUGUGGCGGGGCCGCAGAUGGGGACGCUGCUUGAUAUUGAGGAUGUGAUUGAACAGGCCGAUCGGGAGGAGGAGCAGAAGCAGAAAAUGGCGGAGGAGAGGACGUGGAAGGAGAAUGAGGGGCUGUUGAGUGGGGAGAUGGUGUGA